GUUCGGUCGCCGCAACAACGACGGGAAAUUCCAAAGUAAACAAUUGACAGCCAGCAUUUCAGAUUCACACCUUUUGGAUAGGGGCCUUCAUGUGCACGCGCCCUCUGCUGCAUCCUUUGCUAACACUAUUUCCAUAUUGCUUAACCAUUCACUCACUCCAUUAGCCGCACUGUAUCCACCACUACCAUCACCACCACCACACCGGGCCUCAUGCGCCCACAACCAGGGCUGCCAUGGACGAGGACGAAGACGCGUCCAUGAUGUCGGUCGACGACAUUUCGUCGUCCACGGAUCCACUCCUCGAGACGGCCGCCACCCCAGCGUCUCGCUCCGUGACACCGGCGAUUCCAGCCCGCCAACCCGCAUCGGCGCGUCGCGGUUCCCGUAGAAACCAGCAGCCCACUCCGCGAACCCAGCGAGUCCAAGCCCUUCGAGAAAGCACGCCGAGAAAGCGCAUGUUCGAGUUGGACGUUGGAGACGCGCGAUCGCCCCAGCGCCUGCUGGUCACCGUCGAAGCCGAGAGCUCGAGAGUCACUUCAAGAAGCAGUGUUAGUCGCCGUCUGUUUCAACACUCGACGCCAACUGCUCGCAGCAUCCGCGAAAGAGAAAGAACAACUUCGGUUACGGUUCCCUUGCGCGGCGUGGAGGAUGAUGACGACGACGAGAUUACUCGACUUGGCGAAUUUGUUACACCGAGGCCGCGCGGAAGGCCGCCACGAACAGCUACUCCAGGCACGGCCUUGCGCUCCGAGACACCAAAGACGACAACUCGCCCGAUGCGACCAGCGACCCCCGGAUUUCAACUGCGCGAAGCACGGUCCUCGUCAAAGGAUGUCUUGGAUUCAGAUGUCACAAUCGAUUUCAGCAAGCUCGGGUUUACACCAGGGACAAAGCGCCGGAUUAGCUUGACACCAGGGCCCAGCAGUCGUGCGCCAAAGCGGAGAAAGGGUGUUUCGUCGCCAGUCAGACAGCCUAGUCUGCUGGGUCCAGGCUCUGCGCGAAGGAAACGAGGCCGGCCGAGGAAAGAUUCGAUUGCGCACGACCAGUUUUCCGCCCUCAUAGACCGAGAUCUUACGGCCCUCAAAGAAGACGACUCCGACCAUGAGCCCGUGCCCGAAGCGGGUUCCAGUCGUGACCAACAAGACCGAAACCGAGGUCGAGACCAAGAACAAGAACAAGAACAUACCCGUCGCGAGCGCAUUUUUCAACGAGUACCGUCAAACGUCAUCCUGGGCAAUACAGGUGUUGGGGCUCCCUCGAGUGAUGCCCCUAGGCCUGACGAGUCGGAAGGUGACCUGUGGCUGGACAACUCAUUCAAUCCACCUCAGGAUACACCGGCCGCUCGACGGUGGAACGGGGCACCAAGAGCGCAAUCCUCCAGGCUGGAACAGCUGCGACCGGAACCCGCGCGUCGAGAAACGCCUCAACUGGAGUCGGAGCUUUCGCAUGGGGAUGAGUAUGUCGAGUUCGCGGACUUUGGUGGCGGCGAAUCGCAUAGCGACAUCGAAUCGGAACUGGAGGAUGAUAAUGCGACCCCCAGGGAUACACCGGUUCAGCCAACAGAGACUAGGUUGCCAGGCGAAGAAUUCACCAUGAUAGACCCGUAUUCGCUACUAUCUAUGCAGCAGAAUUCGAGCUAUGUCGAGGAACAAGGGCACGGAGGAGCGCAAAACAAGGAUACCCGCGACGGAGACACGACAAGUUUCUACAUCAGUAAGACGAUCGGGUCGUUGCGGAUAAGUCAGCAGGAAUCGGACGAGCGAUCAAGUCACAUUAGGACAAUCGAUUAUCCUGUCAAUCCCAAUUGGACGACUACACCCAGGGCACCCGUUCCCAGUUACGAUCCACUAUAUCGAUAUUCGACAGGAGAUAAUAGGGGAGAGGCCGAGGUGGUAGAGGAAGAAGAGGUAGAGGGGGAUGCGCAUGAGCGCAACGAGUCUCUGGAAAGGCACCAGAAUCGACCAUAUCCAGGAACAGAACAAGAUUCAGAACGGGAAGAGCAAGACCGGGGCUCGCAUCGGGAUUUGCAGCGGGAUCGCGAACUAGAGUCGGAACUUGCACUCGAGCCUGGGUCCGAUGCUGGAUCAGAACCAAAAGUAGACUCAAGAUCUGAACGUGGAAAGGAGGCGGAACCACAACAUGAGCCUGCACCUGAGCCCGAAGAAGAGCCUGAAGAAUCCGACAUAUGGUUUCAAAAAGAACCACCAAGGCGACAACAACGAGAGCUGCGAAAGGGGAGAACACAUGAACCAGAACCCGAACCUGAGCCAGAACCCGCGGCGGAAUUCAAUACUUGGGUUCGGGCAGAACAAAGACAAGAACAUCAAUAUCGAACACAGUUGGAAUCUAGCCUUUUGCAUCAGCGGCAAGCAAAUCGAACAAAUAGAACAAAUCGACUGGAACGCGAACGGGAACAAGAACUUGAGCAAAUAGCUGGGAAUACGCCAGACUUCGAACCCUUGCCUGAACAGCGGUCUGAAUCACCGCAAGAACCUGAGCGUGAGCCGGUAUCUGAACCUCACCUUGAGGAAGAACAGGAGCAGGAGCAGGAGCAGGAGCUUGAGGAUAAUCUGGAGUAUGAGCGCCAACAGGAAAGUGAAGCAGAAGCACGGCAGGAACAAGCACAACAGCCCAAGUCAAGGCGGGUAAAGUCACCACACCACCAGAAAGGCCGGUCGCUUGAAAGACAAGUGGAUGUAGAUGUCCGUGGUGAUGUUGGGGUGGAUUCAUCAAACCGCUCUGUGGACUAUGACCAAUUUGAAACACAGGAAUCAAGUGUCCUAUAUCACGGCCAUCUUCGAAGAGAAUCGCGAGGCGCCCUGCCACCUGAACCAUCAAGUCCGUUAUUUAGAAAAUCUCAGACAGAUGUUCAGCAACAGACAACAAAGACAAGUAUUCAGCCCUCUGUCGAGCGGCCUUCAUCUACACCAUCUCCUGUCCCUCCAGAACCCCGCGACUACGACUUCCAGGACGAUUUCGGUGCUCAUGCCAACCUAGAGGCAGACAACGACGACGCUGAGCUUAACGAUGAUGAGCAAAGACAGCCCACCGAGUCUACCGAGCCCGCUCCAGACGAUGAGAUGCCUUCCUCUCCCCCAACUGGAAGCUUUUCUCGACAUGAGCAGCAGUGCAUAGAACCUCCAUUACGCCGAGUCAGAUCCAACUCGAACGAGACCCCGGCCGACCGACUGACAUCUUUGGCCCCGCCAGGUCUUCCGGCACUUAACCCUCAGAACUUGAUGCCCCCACCUGACUCACAAAACCGGCCGGCUCUAUCUCCAAUCAUCAGAGCUGGUGAAGCACUGCAACAGGUAACCUCGGACCCUCCGUCGCCUCCAGGUAUGGGAAGCUUUCUGCGCAGUCCCUUCCGAGGGGUGCCUGAGGUUAAAGACAGCCGAUCACCCUCACCAUCGGCCUCCAGAGCUUCUCAACCCCAGCCUCAAUCCCAACCGCAGGCUCAACCUCAAUCUCAGCCGUUGCCCCAAGCCCAGUUUGAGAACGCCCGUAAUCAGCCUGAAAAAUCUGGAUUCGGCUUGUUUGGCUCGAUAAAAAAUCUGGUAGCCCAAGGAGCGCAAGUUUUAUCGCCACGGAAUGCUUCGAGGCAGGCUUCCAUUAAUGUCGGGGAAAGCUCCAGACAAGCAUCAGCCACUGCUGGUGCGACUAGUUCCAUGGACAUCGCCAUGGACGACCCGUUUGGUCCAGAUCCACCCGGUUCUUCUAGAGGAAGCACCGGACGCAACUCGCUCUUUGGCAGCAGGAUGAGCAAGCGCGAUUCCGGUAGUCAAGACGCCAGUGGCACUGCUAGUGCCAGUGCCAGCUUCGAGAAACAAUCUCAAGCCAGCGCUAGCCUUGAGAGACAAAGUCGCGCGAGUAGCAGUUCUGACAGGCAGGCUCACGGUUAUAAUGGAUUUGGAAGGCAGUUUGAGGAUAAUGCUGGCUUUGACAGAUGGAGUCAAGUUAAUGCUGGCACCGGCAGCCAACGCCAGGUCUUCGGCGAACCAUAUGCUCAAGGCAGCACCGCCGGCUUUGAAAGAUCGGCACAAGCGGACAAUAGCUUUAGUGGGCGAAGCCAGGCCAACGCCAGCUUUGACCGACAAGCUGAUGCAAGCACAAGUUUCGGCAGAUCUCAAGUUCAGGCUAGCAGCAGCCAUGCCAUUAAACAACCUUCAGUGACCACCAAAUUUGACAGACAGCGUCAAGAAAAUACCAGCUUCGGACAUCCUCAGGCUGAGUCUAGCACUCUUUACGACAGACAAGCCCAAUCUGCGACCAGCUUCGCGAGCCAACGUCAAGCUAGCACCAAUUCUUCCACUCGACAACCUCAAGCCAACACCACCAUCGGCAGCACAAACAAGGCCGCUUCUUUCUUCUCCGAGCGCGAGCGCGAACGCGAACAGCACGAGCAUGAACAUGAGCAUGAAGCCAUGGACUGGCAAGCAGAGGAAUCCAGUCACAGUCACGAAAUCAACGUAACCCGUGACAGGUCCGCCUCCGCAAGCCUUGGUUUCCACGACAGCAGCAGCCAUCAUGACAGCUCUAGACAGCGAGAACGUACUAGUACUCGGGAGGAAAACUCUACUCGGGGAUCAGGAUCAGUCAGAGAAGAUCAUGAUCAUCGGGAGCCUUCCGAACCCGAAGCUCAUCGUGAUUAUAAGGAAUUCGUUGAGGUGGAAACGGUCACGGAGGAGAGGGAGGAAGAAAGCAUCUGGGGAGCUUACGGAGGUGAUGCCAGAGCCAGGUCCAGCUUCAGGGAGAGUAGUAGUAAUAGUCAUUCUGGCAGGAGACACGGACGGCCGGAAAACUCUACCUUGAGGAGAUCAGUGGGAGAAGAGCGGGAGCGGGAAAGGGAGCCAAAAGCUCGCUUUAGGGAAAGUGUCGAAGUUGAGACGGUGACUGAAGAAAGAGAGGAAGAGCGAAUUUAUGGAGGAGGUGAUGCCAGGUCUAGUAGUUUCAGGGAGAGUAGUCAAUCUUCUAGGAGACAUGGACAUGGACGGGAUGGUCACCGGCAUGGUUCUUCUCGGCAUAGGUCAUCGGAAGAGCGGGAGAUGACAAGGGAAGAACGGGGACGAAGGGAGACGACGGAAGAGAUUGUCGAAGAGGUCCGGGAGAAGGAGUAUGAGCACGAGAGCGAGCACUAUUACUUGGGUGGUCGUCACUCGAGUGGUCGUGAGGAGGUGGAGAGCUAUCGGCAUGGAAGCUCCCGUUCUGACCGAUCUGACCAAGGUAAAGCCUCGUCUUCUCGACGAAGGUCGGAAGAGCGAGAGACGAGGGAAGAUCGGGAAAGGAGGGAACAAGGGGCGAGAGAGGUGACCGAAGAAAUUACGGAGGAGGUCCGGGAAGAGUAUGAGCAUGAGAGCGAACAUUACCGCUGGGGCGGUCAUGGUGAGGAGAGCCGCCGACACGAGUCCUCCCACUCCAACCGAUCCGACCGAGGUAAAGCCUCGUCUUCUUCUUCUGGGGGACAUGGUCACCGCCAGCGAAGUUCUGGCGACCAGGAAGCGAGGGAAGUGCGCGAGGUAACAGAGGAAAUCGUGGAGGAGGAGCGGCAUGUGUAUGAAGAGGAAAGAGGAGGCCGCCGUUCUAGUCAUGUUGAAGAGAGUCAUCGCCACUGGUCACGCGGGCCGGGCGGGUCGCAGUCCAGCCGAGCUAGCGAUUCUAAGCAAGAUGGCCACACGCGCGGCUCAAAGGAACGGGAUACCAGAGAGGUGACUGAAGCCGAGGACGAGCGGCAUGGUUAUGAAGAGGAAAGGGAAGGGCAGCGCUUGGGCUUUGUGGAAGAAAGCAGUCAGAGACAAGAGUCCCAUUCUGACCGAGGCGGAGAUUCCUGGCGGCGUGACUACGAGCGAAGUUCGACAGAGCCAAAGAGAGGAGAGGCGGAGGAAGCCCGAGAUGACUUUGCAGAGGAAGGUCAAAAGCACCAGGCGAGUCGUGGUUUGGAGGCAAGUCGUCAACGCGAGUCGCUGCUCGGGCGUGGCAAGACUUCCUCGCAAAGUGAUCAACUGCGAGGCUUGGGAGAGAGUCAAGCGACUGAAGUGGAAAGGGCACGCCAUGAUAACUUUACCGAAGGUGAAUACUACGAUACUCCUCAUGCGGAAGAAAGCCAUCAACGUGAAGAAUCUCCGAUUGAACAUCGAGGAGACGAGCACGAGCACGAGCAAGACUACCAGAUGAAUUGUAUGGAAGAAGAAGAGGGUCAUUACCAAGCUCAGCAAGGGGAACAAGCAAUGGAGCAACAUGAAGAGGAGGAAGAGGAGGAGGAGGAGGAUCUUUUCCUCCUCGAAGCCAUGCGUUCAUCUCCCGCAGUCAAAGCCAAAUCCACCCUAAAAGAGAAUGAUCCUGCCAGCUUCCUUCCCUCAACUCAUCAGCCCCAGCCUAGCUCCCGCUGGCAUUCCAACAAGAGUCAAAUGGUUCGGGAUCAGUUGAACACAGCCGCAGACAAGAGUGAUGAGCUGGAAGAGUUCAGCCUCCUUCAUUCAAGUCGGGCCAAGAAGUUCCGGCCUGCGUUGAAGCCCGUGCCGAACAAGAAAGCGAAUCUCUCAAGCUUCUUCUCGUCGCCUGCACCUAUUCCGGAAAUCAGUUUACAGGGUCCAGAGGGUAAUGCUUCUCUUCGGCCUGGGCCCGAAGUGCUCGAUAGGCAAAGUCAAGCCAACGGCAAGGUGUCAUCUGGUUCGGGAGCCCUUUCGGAGCGGUCACAGCAUCUUCCUACAGGUCAGGAAGCUGAGAGGAAGCUAGGAACGACUCCCAUAGGCCGCGUUCCAUCAUCUCAGCGCCUUUCUGUGCCAGUUUCCCAAAAGCCGUUUCAGCCUUCACCUCUGGGUACAGCGCCCGUGUUAUCAGGGCAAUCCUCCCGACCCCUGCAACCGGCACAACGUGUACUUCGACACUCUUCCUCCAUCAUCGGUUCCUCCUCACCACCACAGUCUGGAAGCAUCUACACCCCGGUCCCGCAGAAACAGAACUUCACUCCAGUGCGACGCGAACCAGGCGCUAAGCUCCCCUUGUUCGAACGGGACGGCGGAACAAAGACCGGCACUGUCACGGCUCUACCACUCAAAGACAACCACAGCUCAGGCCCAGGCACCACUCCGAAUUCGAUAACUGACAAACCUAAGCAGUUGCUGUUUGGUCUUAAGGAGUCCAUUUCCAAGCUGUUCUCGGACCCGCCCGCUAAGAGCGUUGAGUAUGGACCGGAGAACGAGAAUGAAGAAGAGCAAGGGCCUGAAGAAGACAUGGACGACUACGACGAGAUAGUGGAACUCGAGGAAGAACAAUCAUCUGCCGAGGAAAGCUUCGAGCCACCUCCACUUCGGUCUCUCCCCGACAAGAACUCUUCCCCUAUCAAGUCUGCCUUGCGACCGCCAACUAAGGGCCAUACACCCGGCCGUGCGGUGCAGUUUGCCAACAGUGUCCGACAGUCGCCUACUCCUCGGCGUAACGCAGACGUUGAACAGAGGCGUCCUGUAUUCGGUGGCCGUUCCACCCCUGUGAUUAUCACCAGCUCGCCCAGUACCCACACGGAGAGCAGUCCUGUUCAUAGUCCUGCAGGCUCGGAGAGGAUUGAGGAGAAUGCGACUGGGAUGUAUGAGGAGGAUUAUCAGGACGAGGAACAGCACGAACUUGAUGACACCGUGGAUAUGGAUAUGGAUGUGGAUAUGGAUGAUGAUAUCGAAUGGUACGAGCACAGCCCCGCGCCAGCACCAGCGGUCCAAGCACCGAGACCGGCGCCGCCGUUUCCUCGUCCACUGAGCCCUGGACGUGGACGGCAACGGCAGCAGCAACAGCAACAGGAACUACAACAACAAGUUGCUGCUGCACCACGUCAACCACCAGCAGCACAGCCGCCGCUCAUCAAACCCACAUCCACCCUCGAAAACUCCCCCGUCAUCCGCUCUGGCGUCUCUCUGUUUGGCUACGGUCGCCGCAAAUCACUACCGCCUCCUAUUCCGCCUUCCAACCGUAACAUCGUCACGCCUCUGCAGCCGCUUUAUCCAUCUCUCCCACCAGUAUCCUCUUUCGGCCAACAACAACAACAACAGCAGCAACAAUCCUCUCAGCCGUCGACAUCAACCUCUCAACACCAUAACGGCCAAGCUUCCACCGGUGCUUCCAUCGGCGCCUCCUCAUCCACUUCCGCCUCCGCCGCUGCCACCACCACCACAUCCCACUCCCAUGACCACCACCAACAACAACAACACCAACUCCCCCCACCAACCCACCUCUGGAGCACCUCCCACUGGGACAUCCUCUCCUCCAUAAUCCACGCCCACCGCGCCCUCCACCACUCCCAAUCCCAAUCCCAAUCCAAAGGCAAAGGCAAACAACGGGCCGCCGCCCCCACUCAUCAUCUCUACUACCCCCACUCCCCCACCCUCUCUUCUUUCCUGCACCAAACGUACCGCCCCUCCCCUCAACAAACCACCUACGACCCCGUCACGCGUCUUCCCAUUGACGAGUCGGUGGUGAUUGAGCAAUGGCAUUUGGACGUCGUCUACAAGUUUCGGGAGAUGUUUAGACGGGCGUGGGGAACAGAUGAACUUUACGGUGGUGUGUUUGCGAUGGAUGAACAGGAAAAAGGGGGGUGGAGUGAGGGGGAGUUGGUCAGACGGGUGUAUGCGUUUUUGGUGGGCGAGAGGAGGAGGAGGGAGGGACGGGUUGAUAGGGGGAGGAGAAGGGGGAGGGGGGUUGUUUGUUAGUUUAUGCGUCGUGAUGUGUAUUGAGCAUGGGAAAGGACAUGAAAGAAUGGGCAUAGAUGGAUGGUUGGAUGGUUGGGAAGGGGAGAAGGGAAGAACAGUGAAA